AUGUCAAAACUAUGUGGUUUGAACGUAGUUCAGCUACGAGAAGAACUACAGAAACGAAGCCUUGUCACAAGUGGCAACAAAGAAGUACUAGUAGCACGUCUGAGAGAAGCUCUCAUUGAUGAAGGUAAGAACCCAGAAGAAUUCAAGUUUGAUGGUGCUGACGAAGACAAUGAAAUUAGCACAGGCACGUUUACAACCGCUAAAAUGAUGGAACUUCUGCUUAGUAUGUCAACUGAAAUAAAACAACAGUCCGAACGAUAG